CUCUCCAAUCACCACCUCUCAUCCUCCCUCAAACAACAAACAAACAACAACAAUGGCUAUGGUGGCCAGAGUAGUGCUCUGCAUUGUGUCCAUUACCUCCAUAAUGUGGAUGGUUCAAGCUAGAAUCCCAGGUGUUUACUCCGGCGGCGCGUGGGAAACUGCCCACGCCACCUUCUAUGGAGGAUCUGAUGCUUCCGGCACCAUGGGGGGGGCAUGUGGGUAUGGAAACUUGUACAGCCAGGGGUACGGUGUGAACACGGCGGCGCUGAGCACCGCGCUGUUCAACAGUGGCCUGAGCUGCGGUGCUUGUUUUGAGAUCAAGUGUGCCAACGACAAGCAGUGGUGUCACUCCGGCAGCCCUUCCAUCUUAAUCACCGCCACGAACUUCUGUCCUCCUAACUUCGCUCUUCCCAGUGACAAUGGCGGGUGGUGCAACCCUCCUCGGCCUCACUUCGACCUCGCCAUGCCCAUGUUCCUUAAGAUCGCUGAGUACCGCGCCGGCAUCGUCCCCGUUGCGUUUCGCCGGGUGCCAUGUAGAAAGCGUGGUGGGAUAAGGUUCACCAUCAACGGCCAACGUUACUUCAACCUGGUGCUCAUUAGCAACGUGGCAGGUGCAGGGGAUAUUGUGCGCGCAUAUGUAAAAGGCUCCCGAACCGGAUGGAUUCCAAUGAGCCGGAACUGGGGGCAGAAUUGGCAAUCGAACGCGGUUUUGGUGGGCCAAGCUCUUUCCUUCCGUGUUACUGGUAGCGACCGCCGCACCUCCACCUCAUGGAACAUCGCUCCCGCUGGUUGGCAAUUCGGGCAAACUUUCAUCGGAAAGAAUUUCCGAAUCUGAUCCAACGAUCAACAAACCACUCAGGAAACCGGCACAUCAUCAUCAUGACUUCAAAUCAAUAACCUUCUAAUAUAAUUUUUAUUACUACAAUUGAAAAAAUCUCAAAAUAGUAGUAGUAUUAUUUUGUCUAAUUUUAGAUUGUGUUUUUGACUGGGUGAUUGGUACGUACAUGGUUACUCUAGUGAGGGAGUAACAAAGUUAAUUGUGACUAGGUGUUGGUUUUCUUGUCUUCCGAUUGGUGGGGUUUGGUAUUAAUAUAUGUGUAAUGAGGUCCUACUUUGAAUUUGUAUGGUGGAGUCUAGACUCUAGAGAGUGUAACCAGAAGGGGAAAGGGAAUGGGAAAGCUAUAAAAGGAUGAAAGAAAAUGUAGGGAAUGCUGAAGUGGCUAAUCAAAAUGGUAGCCCGCAGCUAAUUUGUAUUUUUAUACAAUGAUGGUGUUAAAUAUAUUAGUAUAUUAUUACAA